AUGAUGGUGUUUCAGGAUCGGAUCUCUCAACCGUGAAAAAUGGCCUAUUGAUUUAAUUUAUCAACCCUCUGCAUGCGCAAGGACUCAAUGUUUUAAAUCGUUGCUCUUUAUUCGCUGUAUUGUGGCAAUGACAGACACACAAUCCCCCACUACCGAAUCACAAACGACGAUCGACGACGCUCGAGCUCGUUCAAGGAGGUCGUUCAUCGCUGUGUUGAAAGCUAAUCGCGAUGUGUUCUCCAACUUGCCGGAAAGGAUUGAGCAGUGGCUUGAGAAGGAAACAUGGGCCACAAAUCAACCCGAAACGACCAAACACGGAAGAGAUGAGUCAGAAAGAUUAGCACGAUCAGACAUGCAAAAGCAACUGGAAUGUUUUCAAGCGGAAAUAAACGCGAAUACGCAAAGUUUAGUGACCUUGGACCAAACUGCCAGAGAGAUGACUGCAGCACUUGAGGCCAUGAAAAGCGUGCACAGCUCAAUGGUGUUUAGCAGAGACAGGUACGUGGAGAGAGAAUUGAAGGAAAACGAAGAUACAAUAGAGGCUAAUAAAGAACAGUUAAAACUGGUGGAAGAGGAGAAUCUGAAACUCAAAGAAGAAUUGAAGAAAAAGGAAAAAGAGGCAAAGGAGAAAAUUACAAAGCAAGAGGAAAGGUAAAUUCUCAAAUUAUAUAAUUU